UUUUAAACAAUGUCACUCUACCAUUAAGUGGUUGAAAGAAACGUAAUCUUAUACUGUCAUUUCAUUUUAAUUUUAAUGCAAGGUUAAGAAGAAACAUAGUUUUUCAGAAGCCCUGAUUGUAGACCCCAACAAUGUGGAACAACGUAGAGCAAACAGAACGGGAUUCUUUGCACCUGUAUGAACUUUGUUGUGAGGUGGGAAUGGCACAAGAAGAUAUUAAACAAAGGAACUGGUUCAGUGAUUAUUCAAACUCACUUUUUAGUAUUGAGGGUAUUGCUAACUACGGGUCUGACGUUGACUACAUGUUUCAUGCAAUAAAUGUCGGAAGUUCAGCAGAGGGCAUCGCUCUAGAGCGCCUCGGGUCAGAUAUCAAUGUAAUGAUGACUGUGUCAGGUACUAGGAUUGCCCCGCAGAGGCAGUCUGAAGGUCAAGCUGAGUCACACCUUUUCAAGGUCAUUCAAACAUACCACCCAUCAUAUGUCAGAUUACAAUGUGUUUUCAUGGGUACAAGUCCAAGUAGAUCAAUAAUGUCGACGCCAAAUUGUUGUUUGGCAGACGAACAAGGAAGAAUGAUUUUGGCGGGAAAACUUCUGACUGAUGCAUACAGCAAUAAUACUACAGGUACAAUAAGUGCGCCUGCAAUAUCUGGUGUUAUGAGAAAUACAAUUUCUCCAAUUUUAUGCAUCCAUUCACCAGUAUGGCCCCUCGCUGCAAGGGAAUGGGCGUUUAGAGUGAGAAGGUAUAUUUGGCCAACCGUGGAAUUGAAGAAAUUCAUUCUACAGCAUGGAUGUCACGUUGUUCCUAUUGGAAACUCACAGAGUCCAAACAAGCAUAUUGAAUGGCGAUGGUCAUUUUCAUUAGCCGAGAAGCUUCUGGUUCGCACAUUCAACAUUACACAAAUGCAGUGCUAUUUUCUUGUGAAACUACUGGUAACGUAUGUUAUCAACCCAAUGGUAAUUGAAGGGAUCACUUCAUAUCAGGUUAAAACGAUCAUGCUCCAUAUGGUCGAAAGUACACAUCCUGCUGAAUGGACAAGGGAGAAACUUGCAGCAUGUUUUGUUGGCUGUUUGCAGAAACUACUGCAAUGUCUUGAGGAUGGAAGUUUGCCACAUUAUUUCAUCCCGAGUCAUAAUCUAUUUUUGCCACGUCUACAGGGGGAUACCAGAAUCAGGCUAGCUGCUGUAGUUACAGGAGUUCUAGAAAAGGGAUGGCAAUGCAUUUUACAGUGUCUCCCGCCAAAUCUCAAUAUGCUUUUAGCGAGGCAUAAAAUACAGAUAAGAUGUGAUUGCUGUGACACACAUUGGGGCACGGAAGGCUGUGAAAGAAGCGUUUCCAUGGUGGAAAGAUGUUACACUAUGUUCAACAUGACAAUACGAGUUGUUCUGCGUCUCACGGAAAGACCCGAUAUUCAGGGAACGAUAGACGCCAUGCUUAUGUUUCUCGAAUACCCGACAAUGCGCGAUCCGGUUCACUUUCCUGAUGUUCCGGCAACUGGGAUCGUCAAACAGGUGAUUAAAAGUCAUUUGGGCAUACUCUAUAUGGGUCUGUCAAAUACAUACCCUUACAACCGGAAAGGAGGGUCACAAAACCUUUUACCGACUGCAGUGAAAUACCUUGAUGAUGCAGCUGGUGUAGAUGCUGCUGCUACAAAACUAAAACUUGCUACAUUUCACUACAUGACAGAAAAUUACGACGAAAGUAUCAAAAUUAUUAUGCAACUUCUUCGGCAAUUUAACGAGUACAUCGUUAACACAACUGGUGAUAAAACCAGGAGGAUGAAAUCAUGCAAACGACCGCUGUCUCUUCGGAAGCAUCGCUCGGUUACGUCUCUACUAGGAAAUGCCCCAUCUUUGCUGGAAUGGGCUGCAUUAGAGAUAGCGUUCUCCCCAUGGGAAGUGGCGUAUGCCCCUGAAGCGAUACAGAUGCUGAAAGAUCGGGAACCGAUUACAGACGAUGAUACAGAUCAUAAAGGGUUUGUCUUUGUGGACGCUAAUGUGUAUGCCUAUUUUCUUCUAGCAUUGUCCUAUAACAAUAUCCAUAGACCCGUACACAGACAGCAAGCCGUCGAAAAUCUGCAGCUUCUUGUCAAGAAUGGGGAAAAUGCUGACAUUCAUUACCCGGAAGUUGCUAGAUUUCUUCUUCCGUAUGUGAAAGAAAGAAAGCACAAAAAUUGUCUUUUGUGUCAUGUCAGAGUGUUUUAGAAAAAGAUUGACAGUAGAUAUUUCCGUGUCUGUUGCUAUAGAAGUAUAUUGUAAUAGUUGCUAAAGAAGUAUAUUGUCAUACAUUUCAAAUUUCAAGGAGAUAUAAACAUUAAACAUAUUUAUUAUAGUUGUGAUAAAGUGUGUUUAACAAUAUUUACAGUGUUAUACGGAACAGGUGGUAACUAUUAACGGAAUUUAUGUCAUGAGGACAUGAACUGAACAAAAGAUGUUUAUACGUCUGACGAAAAGUUAUUACUCUAUAACAUGACAUAUUUUCACUCCUUAGGUAAAACAAAAAUAUUAUAUUCAUGUGACAAGCGAUAGCAAAAGUAAAGUCAGAAAUGAAAUCUGACACGAGCAAUGAACUAUUUUAAGUUGCUUUAAGCUUCCGUAUAUAACGCUUUGUUUAGUAUUACUUUCUAUAUUAGAAAUAUGUGUUUAAAUACACAUCUGUCAUUAUUAAAAUCAAUAUUUAUUUAAGACUUUGACAAGUGACAUUUGUUACUAUUAUUUACCCAUACUUAUGAACACUCUUUUCUACUUUCAAUCACGUUUAAAAGUGCUUAGCAAUAAAACAAUCAUUAAAUGUAAACUAUCAAAAAUACAAUUAUAGUCUAGCACAAGACAUUUUUGAACAAUAUAAUCUUUUAUAUAAAUCCCACAAAACGCAGAGGUGCGCAAAUCAACAUAAAAUCGACCAAAUACUUCCCCAGCAUACUUGAUAUGAAAACGUACUAUUCUAAGGGAUUGUUGUCCCAGUAGUUAUGGUGGCAGCAUUAAAAACCAGGGAUCUGGACCAAGACCAUGUUUCAGCAUGUGACGCCAGUAGCCGUAAGAUCCAGAAAGGGAUCUUGAGAGUGGUUUAAAUAGAACACAAAGUUUCUUCACAACCUAAUGUAAAUAAAUAAUGUUAA